AUGGAAGUCCAACAAGGCAAGUUGAGCAACCAGGAGGAAUCACUCAAGAGAUCGAUAGCCGAACUAUUCAGACCAAUCAUCAGCUCAAUACCAAACCCAGCCGAUCAAGAACAACUAGAGAAGAACUGUCAGUCAUUCACUCACCAACUAAUCAACUACCUCAACCAGUAUCAACAACCUCAACAACCUCAACAACCUCAAAUUAACCCAUCACAAAAAGAAAACACUCUCAAGAGGAGAAGAACCGAGUCAUUGGAUGCCAAGACACAACUACUCGUAAACCAUCGAGCUCGAUCCGAACCCAACAACAACAAUAAUCCUGCUCGACUUAAUCCCACCCUCAAUAUCCAAAGGUCUCAAUCUCUCAAUCCAUCAACAGUCAUCAUCCCCUCAAACUUCAAAACUGACAUACCAGAUCACCCCUCCACCAGGUCUGAUACCCAACCGAAACCAACUAAAGCCAUCCCGUCGGCAGCUCGAGAAGCUACAAUAACUGAGACUCAUGACCACCAUCCAACCGAUCAGCAACCUUCAGAACUCGAAUCUACAACCCUCCAUCCCACCUCAAAUCUCAUCCAAGAGGAUGAUCAGGAAGACCCUAUAUCAGACGACUUACGAUUAUUCAUCCAAAACGAAAUCGAGUGUGGUUUUGACGACAUGGCAUACCAAUUCGAUGAUAGCCUCAAGGACGCCAAACGUGAAUUGAUCAUGCUCAACCGAGAAUAUUUGGAAGAUCUCUUGGAGAAACUCAAGGGAAAUGAUUCCUCAACAAGUCAGAAUCACAUCCCACCCAUCCCACCCACCUCACCACCAACAAAAAUCGAAGCAGGGUCGAUAGGAGAGAAACUGAAAUUCAAAUUCGAGAAUCAUACGAUAGAUUGUUAUCAAGAUUAUCAUAAACAAUUCGUCUUUGCCAUUGGCUACUCUGGUUUAGGAACUGAACCAUUCGAUUUCCAGGUUCAUCAUCAUCAUCAUCAUCAACCGGAUCAACCGGCAGCAUCCGAAGCCCAACUGGAUCACAAGACACCAGUUAUUGAUCCCAAAGACGAAGAAUCAGUGGUCAUCAAGACGAAAAUUGAGAGCCCAUCCAAGGAGGACCUCGAAAGAAACAGUCUCGCAAUCGAAAGACUAGUUGAAGAGAAACUGAGAUCGAAAAAUGAGGAAAUCGGUCGGAUGGUUGACGAAAAGGUGAAAUCGUAUAAUGAGGAGAUCGGUCGAAUGGUUGAAGAAAAGGUUGGACUAGAUGACGAAAAAAAGCUUUUGUCGAUCAACCAAAAGAUUGAAGAACAGCUCAAAGAAAAAAUCGGCGAGAUUAGUGCAAAGACCGAACAAGUGGUCCAAGGGAUGCUCAUGUCGAAUAGUCAGAAGGUCGAACGACACAUCGAAGAAAAGCUGAGACCGAUUAGUGCAAAGACCGAACAAGUGGUCCAAGGGAUGCUCAUGUCGAAUAGUCAGAAGGUCGAACGACACAUCGAAGAAAAGCUGAGACCGAUUAGUGAGCAGACUGAACGAAUAAUUGAUGAGAAGCUCACCUUGACUAGUCAGAAGAUCGAACGUCAGAUUCAAGAAGAACUCAGACCGAUUAGUAAGGAGACCGAAAAAAUGAUGGACGAAAAGCUUAUAUCGACUAGUCGGAAGAUCGAACGGCAAAUCGAAGAAAAGCUCAGACCGAUCAAUGAGGAGACUGAAAAAAUAGUCCAAGAGAAACUAAACUCAUAUCAUAAAGGACUCGAAAAACACGCCGUUGAGUAUCGAAAAGGGAUUCGCAGUGAGAUUGUGCAAUGUAAGGAAGAGAUGUCGAAGGAUCUGGACAGUCUAAUCGAUCAGAUCGAAGGUUUAUUUUUGGGAGAGAAGGAUAAACUGGUCAACUUACAUAAACAAACCGACGGACUACAGCAGCGAAUCAAGCGACUAGAGGGUGUCAUCGAGAAGGAAACCGAUCCUGUACUCCGAAGGACGUCCGUCUUGGUCUCACUCGGCUUAAUCGACUCAGACCACAUUAACCAAAAGUUAAACCUCAACAUCUUCUUGACGAAACUAAAUGCACAUCUCAAAGUCAACCUAGGCCAGAUCGAUAUCCGCGAUCCCGAGAGGAAUCCUAGAAUCCCACUCCUUCAACCUCAUGAUCAUCACGAACCAGAGAGUCGACCGGGAACAAGUAAUGACCCCAACCAAGCCAAUACAGACAUCAACAAUUCAAACACCCCAGGGGUUCUCCUCCAGCUAUUCCUUCUGAUCCAGAGAACCUGUUUUUUGAGAAAUUGAUCAUCAAACUUUUACUAAGGAUCAAUGAGACCAUCAGACUCCAAGAGGAAAUGCCCAAUGGAUUUGAUGAAGAGGCUCCAGUUGAUCAGGAUCCUCAUCAAGACUCUCAUCAGGAUCAUCCUCUGCAAGAUCAACACCAACACCAACCACCUCACCAAGACCAAGCUCACCAAACAGAUCAAUCCCUCCAAACUGAACCUCACUCAGAUACCCAUGCCUUUACAGACAACCAACAACUAGCUCACCCAGGAGAAGAACCCUCCAAUCAUCCCAAUCACCAUCACUGUCCUCCUUCCAACGCCAUCAAUCCUCUCAAUCAACAUCAGGCUCAAGAUAUCAAUCAGGUCUUGCAAGAGUUCUUUGAUCUCAACUUUAGGAAAUUUGUCUGGCCUAAAUUCAGUAACUUGGUCUUCCAUCUUGAACAGUACUUAGCCAGUCAACAAGUGUAGCUUUUUUUCAAACCCAACAUCCUCUUUGGAAUUCAUUCUUAUUACAUACUGCUAUCAUCCAAUAGUCGAUUAACUUUUGUGCUGUUCAUUUGAUCAAUUUUUAGUGCAGCAUUGAUCUCCCUAUCUCUAUGUCUCUCUCUGUCUCUCUCUCUCUCUGGAAAGUGCAUUCACAAUCUUUUUCUGUUUUUUUUUGUGUUGUUCAUCCAGGUAAUUUUUCUUUCAUGUUUUUUUUUUCUCAUUUGUUUUAUGACAUCUUUCUGUUGAUUUGUUUCCCAUCAUAUUCAUAGAAAAGAAGCUCUGAAUUGAUCUGAUUGUCACUUUGAUUUACAAGUAGGGGUCAAAUUUC